UAUAAAUGUAUCGUGCAUAGCACAAACAAAAAAAUAUUAUGUGCAUGCUGGCCAUAUAUCGAAGCGUAAAAAAUCGUUUGUCAAUUUGACCUUUGCAUUUAUUUUCUCAGUAACAUUACACCAUACUUUGUAUUUUAAGAGCUGUAGAAGCCUAUUGAACAUCUCAGUUUUAAUGAAAACAAUUAACAACAUUUAAAAAUAUGAGUUUCGCGCCCGAGUUACGAACUCAUGCACAAAAAGUGUGUACCCUUUAUAAGAAGUGUAUGCGAACUAUUGAAGGUUAUUACAUAGCCAGGUUCAUAGUUCGCUAUCACCAAGUGCUUCUGAGAAAACAGUUUGAUGAUAAUAAGUGCGUCUGUGAUCCAAAGGAACAGCGUCGUUUGUUACGAGUUGGAGAACGCGAGCAAUGGCUAAAAAAUAAUCCUCAUCCUUUGAAUAAAUUUCCGAGAUCGAUUGGGCUUGCUGGCGGCGUUGCUUACGCGCGCGUUGUAACUCCUCCAGACUGGGUUCUUGACUAUUGGCACCCACUGGAGAAAGCACAGUAUCCAGAAUACUUUGCUAGACGUGAAUGCAGGAAGAGCGAGUAUAUCGAUAAGUGGAAGAAGGGAACUUUGAUGUAGUUUAACAUCUAUGGCAGCUUUACUUUUAUAUCAAAUUUAUUAAUAUUGAUUACCUUACUGGCUAUUUAUUUAAUUGGAAUUAAUAUUCGAUUGUCUUUUUCGCCCAUAAAAUGUUAGGCAAAUAAUUAUAAAUAUUUAACUAA